CGCUCGGGACGGCCCCGCCACACCUGGCUAUUUGGUUGGCCAGCGCCCUCGUCGUACGUCAUUCCCCCGCGCCACCCGGAAGCCGCGGUUCCUACCAACCGUUCUUAUUGCCGGCGGCUCUAAGGAGCCCAUCAUGGCGACGCCCCCUAAACGGCGGGCGGUGGAGGCCACGGGGGAGAAAGUGCUGCGCUAUGAGGCCUUCAUCUGUGACGUGCUGCAACGGGACCUACGAAAAGUGCUGGAGCAUCGUGACAAGGUAUAUGAGCAGCUGGCCAAAUACCUUCAACUGAGAAACGUCAUUGAGCGACUCCAGGAAGCUAAGCACUCAGAGUUAUACAUGCAGGUGGACUUGGGCUGUAACUUCUUCGUCGACACAGUGGUCCCAGACACUUCACGGAUCUACGUGGCCCUCGGCUAUGGUUUUUUCCUGGAGUUGACACUGGCAGAAGCUCUCAGGUUCAUCGACCGUAAGAGCAAUCUUCUCACAGAGCUCAGCAACAGCCUCACCAAGGACUCCAUGAAUAUCAAGGCCCAUAUCCACAUGUUGCUAGAGGGGCUUAGAGAACUACAAGGCCUGCAGAAUUUCCCCGAGAAGCCUCACCACUGACUUCUUCCCCCUUCCCCUGACAUUAAAAAGCCUGAAUGCCUUUGA